GUUGAGAGUGCUGGAUUGCUUUAAACGGAGCUUAAUCCGUGAAUUUAUUAGUCGCUCUAUUGCGUUGGGUUUCUCGGGUGUCGUCAAUUCACAGUCAGGGAAUUGAUUGUGCUGCGCUUUUGUAUUUGCUGCAAGAAUGACCGUCGACGAGGAGACGCCUCUCCUGAGUUCACCAUCAGCGCAGAGCCUGGGAGAUCAAGUCAAACACGAGUCCACAGAAACCGAAACCAAGUCGACCCGAUGGAUUGUCUACGGCUGCUUCAUCGGCAUCUUUCUCGCAGCAGCCGACGACUCAAUUGUAGUCUCGACAUGGGCCGCCAUAGCCUCGCAAUUCAACCGCCUCUCACACGGCCUAUGGCUUGUAAUAGCCUAUAACUUUGGCUAUUGCGUCUCCCUCCCUGUGUAUAGUGCCCUGUGCAACGUGUACGGACGGAAAGACAUACUGCUGUGGUCCUAUAUUCUGUUUGGGGUUGGAUGCCUUGCAUGUGGGAUCAGCACGUCAUUAGAGCAACUAGUCGUGGCUCGAGUUGUCGCGGGGAUCAGUGGGGGAGGAAUGAUCUCGUUGGUUUCGAUAGUCAUUACAGACCUCAUGCCACCCGGUGAUGUCGCCCUUCUCCGAAGUUACGCCAAUGUGAUCAAUGUCGCCGGACGCAGCCUGGGUGCCCCCAUUGGAGGCCUACUGAUUCAAACAAUCGGAUGGAGAUGGUCUUUCCUCUCUCAGAUCCCCCUCGUAGGCGUCUGCAUCUUGGUAGCCGUAUAUGGCCUUCCGGCCUCGUUGAACGAGACAGUUAGCGCGGAGAGUGGUUCCCCUCGUUCGAAGCUGGCGCAUCUCGACGUGGCGGGCCUCUUUACUUUCACACUAUCUAUUCUUACAUUAGUGUUCCUUGUCCAAAGCGAAAGUAGCACGCCGGGAGAUAACUCCAAUCUGCCUUAUAUCUUGCUGCCGAUCUUCCUGGCCGCCGUUAUAGCAUUUUUCCUAGUGGAGGCGUACUGGGCGGCAUAUCCACUUAUACCGUUAUCAAUAUUGAAAACACCACUAGGAGGCUACUGCGCAGUCCAGAUACUCAUGAACGGGGGUCGAUUUGCCCUCAUAACCAACACCGUACCCUACUUUAUCCGAGUCAAACACACCAGCGACGUCCUCGCCUCAAUCAGCCUCAUCCUCAGUUCCCUCGGCGUCUGCAUCGGCGGCCUCAUCUCAGGAACCGUCAUCAAACGAACCCACCGCUACAAACACAUCACUAUAGCCGCCAUGUGCCUAAUUGCAACCUCGUUCGUCGCGAUCCUCAUCCGCUGGCGCAACGGCUGCUUCAACUGGGAAAUGGUGUAUCUGUUCACCAUCGGCGUCGGCAUGGGCGUCAUCUACUCCGCGCAGUUCGUCGCCAUGUCGCUCGAUGCCCCGAAGGGGGCCCUCCCUACGUGCAUCACCACCUACUAUCUCAGCCAGCAGCUGGGGCUCAUUAUCGGGCCGGCUUUGGGCGUCGCUGUGGUGCAGCGGAUUUUUGGAGAUCGGCUAUCGCAGGAGCUGGCUGCGUUUGGGGAAAAGCAGCUGGUUCAAAAAAUUGUCAACGAUGCGAGAUUCUCGGAGACGCUUCCUGAGGCGAUCCAGGAGACUAUUCGGGCUGCGUAUUUGCGUGCGUUUCAGUUUAUACCGAUCACUGCUGUUAUUUUUGCUGUGCUUACGAUGGGAAUCAUCAUAUAUCUCCGAGAAACAAGGAUGGAGUGA